AUGUAUGCUUCUACUUCCUUUACUUCACCACUCCUCCAUGAGCUUCUUGUUGAAUCUAACACAAGAAGGUUACUCUUCCUAAACCCAGUUGAUCAUCAAUCACACACCAACUUCCCUGUUUUAACAAACAAUAAUAAUUCAACAGACUCACCUUUCGGAGCCCUUGAAUUUAAUUCAAAUGUUGUGAUGAUAGUUGCAGUUCUAUUGUGUGCUCUUAUAUGUUCACUUGUAUUAAACUCCAUUAUAAGGUGUGCCUUGAGGUUUUCUAACGUAGCCAUCAACAAUAAUGCUUCUUCGAGUUCGAGCAGCAACUCUACAUCUCAAAUGCUCAACAAAGGAAUCAAGAAGAAGGCUCUCAAGACAUUCCCAACAGUAAGUUAUUCAACUGAGCUUAAAUUACCAGGUUUGGAUAUGGAGUGUGUGAUAUGUCUCUCAGAAUUUACAAAGGGCGAAAAGGUGCGCAUUUUGCCGAAAUGCAACCAUGGUUUCCAUGUCCGUUGCAUUGACAAAUGGCUAAAGGAACACUCAUCAUGUCCCAAGUGCAGACAAUCUCUUCUUCAAACAUGUCGAAAGGUUGGUGAGUCGCAGGUGCAACCAAUUGUGCUGCCAGUGCCAGAAAUCAUUAUAAGGAUUCAACCACUAGACCAUGAAGCUGUUGAACGUAACUAUAGGGAAGAAAGCAGAUAA